GGUACAGUGCUGGCCAGGAUGCAGGACCAGCUGCACCAAGGCUCCAGCUUGGCCCAACUGGUCAACUCCCCCCAUCACAUUUUUGACAUUUUAUACUGAAUGGGAGGGGCCUGGCCCUGGGUGUGGGAGUGUUUGCUUCCUUUUGAGGGCUUUUUUUUUUGAAUAUUUAUUUAUUUAUUUUUGGCUGCGUUGGCUCUUCGUUGCUGUGCGUGGGCUUUCUCUAGUUGCGGCGAGUGGGGGCUACUCUUCGUUGCGGAGCACGGGCUUCUCAUUGCGGUGGCUUCUCUUGUUGCGGAGCACGGGCUGUAAGCGCCCGGGCUUCAGUAGUUGUGGCUCACAGGCUUUAGAGCGCAGGCUCAGUAGUUGUGGCGCAUGGGCUUAGCUGCUCCGCGGCAUGUGGGAUCUUCCCGGACUAGGGCUUGAACUCGUGUCCCCUGCAUUGGCAAGCGGAUUCUUAACCACUAAGCCACCAGGGAAGUCCCUUUUUGAGGUUUUAAGGAUGGCACUUACUAUGUGUUCUUCCUGGAACAGAAAGAACUCAAGAUCAAUUUAAAAGUGGGGAAAAACACAGCCAAGUGCAGAGAAUUUAAUGCGAACCCCAAUCCACCACCACCCAGACAUAACGACAGACAGCACUGGUUUUUGUUUUACACAUUUUUGAGCAUGUCAAAGGUCAGUUUCAAGCAAAUCAUGAAGGUUAAGGUACUAUUCUGAAAGUGUUAGACCCAGAGAGCCCAAUCACCCUUGAGUCUACCAGGAGGUAUCCCGCCAAUGCCCCUGAAUUUGUUAUCUAGCUUCCAGCUAGGCAUCUGGAGAUCUUAAGGGGCCAAGAUUUUUUUUUUUUUUAAUUUGGCUGCAUCGGGUCUUAGUUGCGGCAUGCGGGAUAUAGUUCCCUGACCAGGGAUCGAACCCGGGCCCCCUGCAUUGGAAGUGCAGAGUCUUAGCCACUGGACCACCAGGGAAGUCCCAAAGGGGCCAAGAUUUUAAGGGCAGGGGUGGAAAGCACCACCAGAAGAAAAUAUAAUUUUUAGAAAUCACAAAAUAAAUACUUCACUGGGUCCAAAAAUAAGUAAUUAAAAUCACAAGAAUGGUACACAGCCCCAGUGACUAAAUGGGCAGAGGCUGUGAACUAGGAAGCCACACAGAUAUUGGUGAGGCUCCCCAAGCAAAGACCCCCAACAAAAUUGGUCAAGAAAGGCCUUUUCUCAUCUCCCAACUUAGCAAGUAUAUAUGUGCACACUUAUGUACAUAAAUUUUUUUCUAUGGAGAUGCCUGUUGGUGGCGAUAUUGUACUCUUUUGGAGGCUGUGGACAACUACUCCAGAGGACAAUGUGAUGAUAAGUUAAAAGAAAAAGUCCCUGCUGUUUGACCCAGUAAUUCUGCUUCUGGGAAUCCAUCCUUAAUAACUAUUGGGAAAUUGGGGGAAAGCCUUUAUACUCCAUGACGCGUGUCCUUUUCCAGGGGUUAUUAAUUUAGGAAGGGGAUUGGAAACAACCUAAAUGCCCAGGCAGCCUCGAAGAGAUACCUGAGGGGAGACCUCAAAGGCAAGUGGAACAGUUUGCUAACAAAGACGGGUCUCCGCUCAUGAUGUUGAGUGAGAACAGCAGGGUUCACAGCAGAAUCACACUUAGUAUGUAAAAGGAGGCAGAGCUGAGGCCAGGAGCAAAAGGCAAAAAGCUGGCUAGAAUAGGGCUGCUUCUGCUGGGGACCGGGAGAAGGCCCCAGGCACAGGGUCUGCAGGGAAAACUGAUAGCAGAAGCAGGAAUGAACUUCAUGGGCUGUGGGUCGAGUUCUCCAAGACUGAUAAAUUCUCUAGAAACGAGCAAGCAGAGAGGAAUGCCUGAAAGUCCCUGAGGUACUUGGAAGGAAACAAAUGUAAGUCAAGCAGCACCUUCUGCUACUGUGGGUGAAACAGGUGUACGCAGUUUUCACAUUGUCUUGCUUCCAAAUCACGGGUCACUCCUGAGUUGGUUUUAGGGGAUCAGGAGCCAAAUGCCCCUGCUACCUCUUCUGAGCCCCUGCUGCUGCUCGACGCCAUCUAGAAGGGAGGGCAUGACCUGCUGGCUGAAUCAGCCCCACGCUGCCCCUGCAGACACCGUGGCACCGACAAGGAGCAGGGCACCACUGGCUCCUAAUCAUGUGCAGGAGGUUCGCCUACACCGGGUGGAGUCCAUCAGCGAUCUACACAGUGGAGGUUCACUGUGGCCCUACCUGGCCGAGGAGGCGCAGCCAUGGGAUGAGCUGCUGGGCAUCCUGCGUCCACCGAUGUGUACCCAGACCGGCUGCAGCCCCGUGCACAGCCGCGGCAGCUUCCUGCUGCUGCUUGCACUGCUCGUGCUCACCUGCCUGGCGUUGGCUGUCCUGGCCGUCUACCUGAGUGUGCUGCAGAGCGAAUCCCUACGUGUUCUGGCACACACACUGCAAACGCAGGAGGAAAUGCUGCUCAAACUCCGGCUCGCCAGCCUCAGCCAGCUGCGGAGGCUCAACUCGAGUGAGGCCCGAGCACCCAGUUGAGAUGCCACUUGGACCUGGGGCCUGGGGGUAUGUGCAGGGGGGAAUAAAGUGGCCGCUGGUAGCUUUCCCCUCUCCCACUACUGCUCCACACUACUUCCUUAGUGAGGUUUUCGUAUAAGAGCCUGAUCUGACCCCGCAGCUGUCUGCCUUUCUUGCCUUCUCAAGCUAGGCCUAGCCAAGCCUUCUGGUGCCAGAGCCCCACUUGGUGUGGCCCAAGGUCAGAGGAAGCGACACCAGCCUCCUGGCUCCUCUUGGGGCCUGUCAGCACCCUCUGGUGUCCUCCAGAUAGCAGGUUCAGGAGUCUAAAAAUAGCUGCCUACCCUGGUCACCCAAACUCUGCUGGGCCUCCCAGUGGGGGUCCAGCCUCUGCUCUCGAAAGACAGGCUGGGCUCUGAGUAGGGGGAGGAGGGCCCCUGGGGAGAGAUUAUUUUGGAGAGCAAAGGUGAGAUGGAGAUAGGGAGGCCCAGCUGGGCCCAAGCCUGGGUUGGUGGAUAGGGAGGGCAGGCAGAAACACCCAGAAGCCAGGGCCACAGAAGACUGCACAUUGUUUAAUUAUCUCUAAAAUCUUUAAAACUCAGCAUAUAAAUCCACUCCAGGUAGCCUCACCACCCCACGUUGUAGUGGCAGUUGUCCAGAUACUAUCACCUCCCCCCCGAAAGUGGGUCAUCCCAGGGGAGCAAGGCCCGAGAAAGGGACAGCCCUCUUCUGCCUGCCCCACAGCCCUGAGACAGGGCAGGAAGUGGCCACAGGGCCGGCACAGGGGCAAAGCGUGAAGGUCCCAAGUGGCCUGGCCACCAGCCACCCACCCCCAUGUCUGUUUUUGGUUUUGUCAUUAAAAAAAUAAAGCGACAAUGCCUGGCAGGGACCAGGUGUUGCACUGUCUUCUGUUAAAAAUACA